AUGAGCGACCCGAGGGGUAAGCUUUGCGGUCUAUUACGAAGCAAAAGUUUCACCGACAAGAGGCAAGACAACACAUAUGGAAGAAAGAAGGUAAAGUCUCGCAAGCCGCGACGCGACAGCUUUGAUGAUAUCUACAACGAUAUCUACAUUCCUUACACAAACCCGACCCCACUCAGAAGACGAAAUCAAGUACAAAGUGUUCAGAGUACUAGCACUCAUAGACGGGUCAAACAUUCAAUAGAGGAAGUAUCGGCCAAAGUAUGGCCUCCGCUAGGAAGUACUGGUUCCGACAGUCUCUCCCCGCUCAAGGCAAAAGCUUUAAUCGCUACAGGAGCUGUAACAUUUGUCGGACAUAAGCUUCCAAUUACACACGCUGGUAAAGAUUUCUACCACCUUUUUGCGACUCUCUCGGGACAAACCAUCGACGAGAAUGACGGCCGCACUGAUAUGUUUGUGCAUUCUGCAAGCCUAAGAUUGCUUGGUCUUGGAAUGUCAAAAUAUCCGUGGGAAACACUCGAGCAGCCUUCGAUGGCGUUCUGCUAUGGUUCUAUGCCUGGAACAGUCAGGCUUAACCAUUGGAUCAACCUAAGCUCACAGGUUUACCAAGAGGAUAAAUUGUGCGAUACAAGCGUGAAACUCCGUGAAAUCACAUUGGAUACAAUCAUUGACCAAUUAUCUCACCUUGAAUCAGAAUUAGCGGGGAACACACAAAGCCAUCAAACAAGAAAUAUCUAUAAGAUUCUUCUACACCCUCCUUCUAAACGCCAGGGAUCUCAAAAUACAACCGGUAUGCAAAUUUAUGAUCUCGUCAGGGCUCUUUCACGUCAUGAAUGGAUAGAUUUCAGCCAAAGUGAAAAUCAAGUGGUAGCUCAGUUUUUUAUCGAUAAGACACUCUCCGAAAAGCAAAUUUCCAAGCCAUUUUUCCAUCAACUUCUGAUCGCCAUUGAGCUUGAGAUGAGGAUUCAAAGGUUUGGAGAGGAAGUAAAACUAGAAAUAUUGAGAAACCUCCCCGAAAAGGUUAAGUGGGACCUUGCUCUCGCUAAAAGGUGGCAGAAGAACGUUCGUAUUGACAACUUCAAGAAGAGUGGUAAAUUUGAUUUGUUUAAUAUUCAUCUUCUUCAGAAAAAGCAGCAGUUUCAUGACCUCUACACAUUUGCUGAAGCUUUAAAGUGGCCAAAUCUUUCAUCUAUUGAAUUACUUACCGCCGAUUGGUUCUUGGAAGUUAGUGACCUCUCCGAGCAUGCUCUAUCGUAUUUAUCGUCUGUAAUACUUCCUGGUCCGACCCUUCCAUUUCUCUUGAUGAAAUCUCUUCUCAGCUUCGAUAAUUCAUUGGCUUAUCCAACACUCGACCUUCUAACUCAUUUGUCUCCAAAUUCUGGCUUUCAGUAUAAAGGGACAACCUAUUGGACUUCCAACUGUAUCCUAGGUAAAGUUCUUGCUCCUACAUGCAAGGAGAUUGGUGGUUGGAUAGGGCCAGCUUGCUCAGCUGAAGGUCUUGAUCCUACCCAGGCUGCUCAAAUUUUUCAACAAGAAGCAAAGCGAAGAUUAAAAGCUGUCGACGUAGAAACCAUGAAUGAACGUUCAUUACCGCUUGGGCCUGUCGCGAAGACAUACCCCAUUUCAGAUUACAUGAUUGUAGAGCCUAAUCUUGACCCAGACUCCUUCGUCAAUAAUAUUAGGAUCGAAAAACUAAAGCUUCGAUUAAUUUCCUCUCCAAAGGCUAAAGUAGAGAGUCACAAAAGCGUUCCCGACAACUUCGAUGCUUGCAUUCAAUUUGCUGUUGAUGGUACUAGCUGGCCUUUGAGAUUAAGGUUUAAUGUCAUGUUUAUAAAUGCAGCCUCAUGCAAGGGUGGUCCACAUCCUCUCUUUAUCGACUAUGAAUAUAAAAUUAUACCCAUAGAUGAUAUUUUAUGUAUGGGAGAUUGGAAGAAUCAGGACCAUGAAGAUGAAUAUUCAGCAAGGCUAGGGGGAAAUGAUGAAAACGUCUUAGUAAUCGAGUCGUUUGGAAUAGCCGACAACGAAGUAUUAGCAAGAGCGUGGUGUGCUCAUGAAGGUAUCAGUGCAUUAGUUGCUGACGUAUCCAAAACCUGCAUGUCAUGCGCUAUACGAGAGGCAUUUGCAGCUUGCCUCGAUGUUUUGAUCCUAGUUGAUCGCUCAUCCAGUUAUCAUGAAAAUGAGUGA